AUGUUACCAGUCCUUUGCAUCACUCAUCCCCACUCGUUCCUUCUUUUCUUCUCGCGUUUUACACAACACACAUCACAUUCAUUUCCGUCACUCUUCGCCUUACAGCCAGCUCGCGGUAAAAAAAUAUUCCUCGUUGCUGAUGAUCGUUUCACUAGUUUCCUCAUGUGCUACGAGAAUCACCAUGGCUCAUCGAAUACACUUCUUGUUCACUUGAAAUUUCUCAACAUAGUUGCCCCUUUCCUCAUCCACAUUUUUAGGUUGCUAAAUAUGCUGAAGCUUGUCUGCUUGCAGUUUUAUACAUACAUCUUGUUUCAAGUUUGGCUGCCUCUCCAGAGCGCAAUCUGCAAGCCACCGGCCUCAAUUUGUGGGCUAGAGCACUUGCAACUCACUUGUAUAUGCCCGCCAAGUUUCGAUGGUCCAGCGCUUCAUAUUCACGAAAAACCCCUACCACCGCCUUUGUCACGUUAA